AUGUACAAUUUUGAAGGAAGAUAUGAUCUAGUUAGGUUCAUUAAGACAGUGCAAAAAGUGGGGCUCUAUGUUAAUCUUCGCAUUGGACCUUAUGUUUGCGCCGAGUGGAACUUUGGGGGAAUUCCUGUUUGGUUGAAGUAUGUUCCGGGUAUAAGCUUUAGAACCGAUAAUGAGCCUUUCAAGGCUGCAAUGCAAGGUUUUACUCAGAAGAUUGUUCAAAUGAUGAAGAGUGAAAACUUGUUUCAGUCUCAGGGUGGUCCAAUCAUUCUUUCUCAGAUUGAGAACGAAUACGGACCAGAGAGCAAGGCGAUGGGAGCUGCUGGUCAUGCAUACCUAAACUGGGCUGCAUAUAUGGCUGUUGGAUUGGGAACAGGAGUCCCUUGGGUGAUGUGCAAAGAAAUUGAUGCCCCAGAUCCUGUGAUUAAUUCGUGUAAUGGCUUUUACUGUGACGAUUUCUCUCCAAAUAAACCAUAUAAGCCUAGCAUGUGGACCGAGUCUUGGAGUGGCUGGUUUACCGAAUUUGGUGGCCCGAUUCACCAGCGACCAGUUCAAGAUCUGGCAUUUGCAGUUGCUCGUUUCAUUCAGAAGGGCGGAUCAUAUGUGAAUUACUACAUGUAUCAUGGAGGAACUAAUUUCGGACGUUCCGCUGGGGGUCCGUUCAUUACUACAAGCUAUGAUUACGAUGCUCCAAUCGAUGAAUAUGGUUUGAUUAGGCAACCGAAAUAUAGCCAUUUGAAGGAUCUUCAUAAAGUGAUCAAGCGAUGCGAGCAUGCUUUGGUUUCUUCGGUCCCUACUGUUACAUCGUUAGGAACAUACCAGCAGGCUCAUGUAUUCUCUGCAGGAACUGCAGGAUGUGCAGCUUUUCUCGCAAACUAUCAUGUACAAUCUGCUGCUACCGUAGUUUUCAAUAAUAAGCACUAUGACUUGCCUCCAUGGUCCAUAAGCAUCCUUCCCGAUUGCAAAACUUCCGUAUUUAAUACCGCAAAAGUAAGAAUAUCUUGCAGGACCUAUUAUGGCUUGUCCUUUUCAUCAAUCAAGUCUCUAACAUCACAGCAACUAGUACGCAUUCAUCAGUUGUUUCGUCAAGCCAAAUUUGAUGAUCCCAGUGGUCAUUGUCUUAGCCCUGCUGGCGAAUACAAUCUUCGAUUAGGAAUUAUAAAAGAACUUCACCCAGACAUGGUUGCAACAUAUUCUGGCAGUGCUCAAGUUUUUGAAGGCCACCCUUUCAUUGUGGAAGCAGGAAUCAGUAUAGGUGGAAAAGAUGUCAAACAAAUAUCUCCAGGUGUUUGGUUCAUUGGUCUUUUCAAUGGCAUUGGACCUACAAGAACACAGUCGAAGAUGAUUAUCCGAGGUCCAGCAUACUCCUUUGCUGCCAAUAUAACUGUGGAAGCAUGUACAAAUUCAAUGAUGAUGGGAGAUUUCUGUAACAGUCCCGUUUAUCCAUUUUCAUGCACAACAUCUAAUGUCAAUAGUACUUUGAAAGCUACAACGGUGAACGAGACAAUGCUGGAAAAUUUGAUGACCUGCAAAAGUAGUUUGAAAACUUUUUGUGCUGAUGAAAGCGUAUCAUACAUUUUCUCCUUUGAUAUAAUAAAUGUGGCAGACGAAUUUACUAUUAUGGCAAGUGAUGUCAAAUUCAAUGUCACGCCUUCAAACAAAACAUCUGGUGCAAAUGAUAUCAGUUUAAUGUGCUUUGUUCGCCAUGGUUCAAUGCCUUCAGUUGCUUCGUUCGAUUACUCCAGUGAUUUAAGUAAAGUGCCGCUGGUUAUUCAUUCUCCAUUAAUCGGUCGGCAUAUACGACAAUCAUUUUUUCUCGUUGUAUCAAAUGCUGCGGCCAUACUUCCUGCCUAUUGGGCCCUUCGGCAGAAGGCAUUAGCAGAAUGGGUUUUGUUCACAUCUAGUGGAAUUGCUAGUGGACUAUAUCAUGCUUGUGAUGUAGGUGCUUGGUGUGCAUUAAACUUUAACGUCUUACAGUUCAUGGACUUCUGGCUCUCUUUCAUGGCUGUGAUUAGCACUUUUCUUUAUCUAGCUACCAUUGAUGAAGUAUUUAAGAGGGCAAUCCACACAGCUGUUGCUAUCCUUACUGCUCUAAUGGCUGUAACAAAUGCAACCAGGUCUUCCAAUGUUGUUCUUGUGAUGGUGAUUGGUGCUCUUGGUCUCCUUAUUGGAUGGGUUAUAGAGCUGUCAACAAAGUAUAGGUCCCUUUCAUUUUCAGUUAGAUUCUCACUUGAUUUCUCUCAGAUUUUACAGGUGAUAAAGCGAUGGAUAUGUAAUCUUAUUGGAACACUUCUAAGACGGUAUCACUGGCCUUUUGCAUUAGCUGGUUUUUCUGCACUGUCACUGGAAAUAUUAAGCCGGACACUUGAAACCAGCGAAAAUUACUGGUUUUGGCAUAGCUUUUGGCAUAUUUCAAUAUACACAUCUUCUUUCUUCUUCCUUUGUUCAAAAGCAAAUAUUCGUAGUAACAAUUGUAAGGUGUUUGAUAUCUAG